AUGGUUUUAAAUGCAAGCCGGGCAUCCGUACGUUAUCGCGUUAUUUCGUUAAAUGCUUUUAGCUUUUUUAUUCCUAUUUUUAAAUGCGCCCCUAAAGCGCUUUAUAUGCUUAAAAAAAUUAAACAUAAGCGUAAAGCUUUAUACUUUAAAAACGUUUUUAAUUUUGGCUUAAAUAAAAAUCGUUUGGAAUUUCGAAAACCAUUAAUUAAUAUUUGUAAUAUUAACGGCCUUUUUAAACGUAUUGCGGUACUUUUAAAAAAUUAUUUAAAUUUUUAUUAUAAAAGUAAAAGCGUA